CAGACUUAACCCCUUGACAUGUCAUUCCCUCCUCUGGCUGCAUCCUCACCUCCACGAAUACCUUCCUCAUUGGACUUGGGUGUUUUACCGCCAAUGUUUAUCUUGCCUACUCAUUUGGCUGAUGGGGAACUCCAACGACUUGAAGACUGGCUGACAGAAAACGGCGCGCUCUUGACAUAUAAUGUAGCCGAGGCUAAACUGGUCCUCGGCAGGGUCGGUACCAAGCGGCGUGCAGAGUUGGAGCUCCGUUCUCGACAGUUGUGGACCGAAGAAGUAACGCUGCCCCCAAGCUCGCCAAAGAAUUUCCGCUCCGAACCUCCAAGGAAGCGCAGGAAGACAGCCGGAGUGGAGGGUGAUUCGACUACCGAUGAUGAAGACCGAACAUUCGAGAGCCACGGCGAAACAACUCACACCCAGACACCCUUUCCAAUAGAUGAUUUCUUGAAUAAUAUCACAGUCGUCAAGUUAGCUUGGCUGGAAGACUCUAAAGGGUUGGGGAAACUUCUUCCCUUGAAAAAUUAUAUUACAUACCAAGGGAAGCCUAUAGACCGAUCCACUCGAGCAUCGGUGUCACCUUCACUACAGCAAUCUCCGGUAAACAAGUUGCCACAUUUGGCACCUGAAUUGCAGAGCAGGCAACCCGAGAAGCCGCGCACAACGCAAGAUAUUCUGGAAAGAGCAAAAUCCGAUGCACCCUCCAGUCCUGGUCGGCGUCAGGGCCUCACGCACUACAGUUCAGUCAACCGCGGUCAACACAGGUUCGGAGGCCGGUCGUUUGCUUCGACCAACAAAACUGCCGAUCACCAUUCACCAAACAAAGUUGCACUUCUUCAGCAAACGACGAGCGAGUAUGAAGGUGUAGGAAGUGAUAUUCCUGAGCCUCCCGAAUGGGUAAAAAAACGAGUCAAAUAUGCAUGCGAGCGGUCUACAACAGCAAAUCCGGCAAAUGGCUCUUUUAUAGAAGAGCUGAAGAAGAUAAGACUAGCGCGUCUGCUCAGUGGCGAUGAGAUAGGUGUCCGGGCUUAUAGUACCUCGAUUGCUUCAAUCGCGGCAUACCGAUUCCCCUUCUCUACCGCCCGUGAAAUUUUAGCCUUGCCAGGAUGCGAUACCAAAAUCGCCAAUCUUUGGGUUGAAUGGAAAAACAACGAUGGCAAAAUUAAAGCGGUCGAGGAAGCGGAAGAGGAUGAAGACAUGAGAGUUUUGCGUCUCUUCUACGACAUAUGGGGCGUUGGGGCAACAACAGCUCGUGGGUUCCUUUGUGAUAAGGGGUGGAGAGACUUGGACGAUAUUGUCGAAUAUGGCUGGAGUGCAUUGAGCAGAGUACAACAGAUUGGCGUCAAGUACUACGAUGAGUUCUUGACGAAGAUUCCACGACCUGAAGUGGAAUUCAUUGCAGCCAAGGUCAGAGAACAUGCGGUAAAGGUCCGAUACGAAGGAGUGGAAGUAGUGGUCGUUGGCGGGUAUAGAAGAGGAAAUGCUGAAGCCGGCGACGUCGACGUCAUCGUAUCUCACAGAGACCUCGCAGCAACGGCCAAUAUCAUCACUGACAUUGUCGCCAGCCUCGAAACUGAACAAUGGAUCACGCACACGCUACUACUCAGCUUGAAAGGUACCGAACGCGGACAGUCGACUCUCCCUUUUCGCGCCGCCGGCGGGGGUGGACAUGGCUUUGAUACCCUCGAUAAAGCUCUCGUUGUAUGGCAAGACCCGGUCUGGCCUACCCAAAAGAAGGACCUUGCUACCAACCCCAAGGCGAAGAAUCCAAACAUCCACCGUAGGGUGGAUAUUAUUGCAUCACCCUGGCGAACCGUCGGCUGUGCCAUUACAGGCUGGAGUGGCGGAACAACAUUCCAGCGAGAUCUAAGGCGGUAUGCGAAAAACGUAAAGGGGUGGAAGUUCGAUAGCAGUGGAGUACGAGACAGAUAUACCGGAGAAGUUGUCGAAUUGGAAGGGCCCCGGGGCGUUGAAGGAACCUGGGAAGACGCUGAAAGAGCCGUCUUCAAGGGAAUGGGCUUGGUCUAUCGCGAGCCUUGGGAAAGAUGCACUGCUUAA